UCAAAUUUUCUAUACUUAAUCUCUUGAGCAAGCUCAAGCGUCAAGCAUCACUUGAAAUUUUUAAAUAUGACGAAACCAACCUAUCUAUUCCUAUAAUCUUUAAGAUAGGUACCUACGUAGAGUACGUUCCACUUUUCAGCAAAUACAACAAACAUACAUAUCAUUAUUUAUUUCACAAGUGACCAUCCCAUCCCGUUGGAUGAUUUUUUACGAACUACAUAUUUGGCCAGAUGAAUUACACAAAGAGAAUAUGUUUCUUUGUUCUAUUUAUAUUCAAAGAAUUCAGCACCGUCAGGUCAAUAAUCGAUUCAUCUGAAAAAUAUGAUAUCACAGAUGCCCUUCAUGAUUCCAUCAGAGACGCGAUAAACGCUAAUCAUUUGCCGGCAGGAUUAUUUAACAGCAUAUUAUAUCCGCAACAUCAUUAUUACAUCGAUGAAAAUCCUAUGAAAAGCAAGCAUUUCUCAGACUUUUUUUUCUUCAGCGAUUUAUAUUUCAUUAUAACAUCCCAGUCAGUCUCUCCAGUUCGUUGGAACUUUUCAAAAAAUGAAACGUUUGUAGGCUUUGACCACAUGUCAAUAUUUAUACAAGGGUACACACAUAUGCGGCAUAAUGUUUCCGACCCCACUCUCUUCUCAGCAAUACUUGAAAUCAACAACAUAUCAGUAUGUGUCAGGCACUUGACAAACGGUGAUGAAGAUAAGAAGGUCAACACCAGUGUUUCAUUUGGUUUUGCUGGCAUUUGGGGGGACAAUACAAUAAUUCGAGAUUACAAAAUCGAAUAUAAAGAACGACAAAAGAUGGUAUACAUAGUCAAUAACUUACUUCCAAAGAUAAUAAAACGUCGUAUUACUAAAAACAAGAAUUUUUCACAAUGUUUGAGAACCAGUCCUUCCACUCAGCCUCAUCAGAAAAUCAUCUCAAAACAUCCAGACUUUCACGCGAACAAAGAAAAGUACUACUAUUUAUUACCUCAGAUAGCACUCGAACUAAUCAGCUUCAGCGACAUUAAGAUCGUAGGUUUGUCGAAUUUUGAAUCACUGGAGGUUGUACGACGUCCACAAAACCGUACGAACUAUUUAUCCACAAAUAAACGUGAUGAACCAAAAUACUAUUGGAUUUUACACGUUAAUGAUAUUUAUGGAAGUAUGGACUUGAGAUACGGCAAGGAAAAGCCAGAGUUCAAAAAACAAAUCGCUGCGAUAAAUUUCACGAUUACUCGACUUUCUAUGCUACUUGACUUUUCAAAUAACUUUACAACAUUUGAAGCAAAGGACUACUCGAUCAGUGAAUUUCAUCGAAACUUUUCGAUUCCAAUUACCAAUUGGUUAUCGGAAUUUUCAUCGACGAUAAUGACACAUAUAGAAUCAGCAAUGGCACACUCCAUCAUGCUGCGAGGAUUGCGGUAUCAACUCAACGUUCAGGUAAAGAAUGCGUCAAGUUUGGAGUCGAGUACGCGUCGAAUGGAAAAUUCAUUUAUUCAAAAACAUGGUAAAAUCAAGUCGUCAUAUGAUAUUUAAUUGACUAAUAUUGUGAUGUGUCCACAUAAGUUCUCGAAUAAAGUUGUUUGCAAUAGAAAUUUGUUAAAGAAUAGCUACAUUGUAGCUAUUCAAUGGCGUCUGUCUAUCAUGCACCUCGAUGUCACUGACCCGCCUCUUUAGCCUCUCAAUGCUGUCUGCGUGCCUGUCCGGCCUCUCAAGGUCAUUGGCCCGUCUGUCUGGCUUCUCAAGAUCACUGACCCACCUGUCUCGCCAGUGCCGCAUUAAGGGUUUCGUGGGCCCUAGUUCCUAGCCCCUGGUGGGCCCCAUACCCUAACCCCUAAUUCCAAAAAAUUUGCCCCCCCCCCUCUUCAAAAGAAACAAUCCAGCAAACAAAUUUUAACUCAAUUUUGUGGGGUAAUUGCAAAAUUGUGACCUCAUGAAAAAAUGAUCAAUUUUCUGGUUGUGCCAACUAGAGAGUGUCGAAGCAACAACCUUUACCAACAUAUUCACCUGGUCACAACUCGCGGGGUUCAACUCGUCGCUCCCGAGCAAACACUUUUAUCAAAGCAUGUUGGAACCACUCAUAAGUAAAGUUGAAGGUGUUUUUUAAAAAAAUGCAUGUGAAAUAGAAAAAACUGUCAAUUUAUCUGGAAUUUUCGCGAUUUAGGGUCAUGAAGGAAUGAAGUUUAAGGUAAGAUAUCGCAAUUUGAAAUUUUUUUUUAUUUUGGCUGUAAAUUGCGUUUUUGCAAUUACCCCAGAAAAAAUCGACUCGGGGUAAUUGCAAAAACGAUUUUUUUUUUCAUUUUUGCACUUACCACAAAUAUUUUUUUGCUCCAAAUAACUUGAAAAUGGUUCGAAAUAACAAAAAAAAUAAACUUCCACGGUCACAUGAUGAGUUACAUGUUAGAGAAGUGAUUAACAGUUUUACUGAAUUUUUAAAUUAUUGCUCCUUUUUAAUGUUUUGCCAAUAUGUAUUUGACGAAAAAUGUAUUUCUAUGACGAGUUUUUUACAUGAAAAACCUCAGAAAUGAUCAAUAGUUAAUUUUUUGUUCAUUUUAGCGAGUUGAAAAAAAAUAAUUUUUCAACAUUUUUUUCACUCCCCUAAAAAUUUGUUGGGAAGUUGAAAACUUAUCGAAUUUUUUACCAAAUCAAGACCACGAAUACAUCAAAAGUUAGCAAAUGACACGUAGAAUACAAUGAGUAUGUUGAAAAUGCCAAAAAAAUAAAAAUAAAAACAAUAACCCCCACUUUUGUUGGGGUAAAUGCAAAAGUCAAUUUUAAAAUUUUUCAAAUUGCAAUUUUCUCUACGAUUUGUAGACCAAAUUGUAUCAAAAUUUCACUAUUGAUAGAGAACCCCCCGAAGUAGGAGUGGUACAAAUUUCAGCUUCAUCCGUGCAAUAGUCUUCUCACAGCGCCCUCUCAAAGUGUCACUAAUCAAAUAGUGCUUUGCAAUUACCCCACUCUACCUUACCUAUAUUAAGAUUUGGAAAUAAAAAUAUACUUCGCUUCUUUUUCUUCUUUUUUGAUUUUUUUAGAGAAAGAGCAAAAAAAAAAUCUCGUCAGCUUCGUGGGCCCCUAAACCUUCGUGGGCCCUAGUUCCGGAACUAUUGGAACUAAUGGGUAAAUCGGCACUGUGUCUCGCCUCUUGUGAUGAGCAGGACUGCCCUGACCACCUGUAGGUGUUCAUAACAUAAUUUCUCCUCAACGUAGUUUUAUGAUCUUGCUGACCUUCGGCAAGAUUACGCAAAUCUUACUGUAGGGGCGCGCUCAAGGCUAUCGUGCAAUAAUGCUGUCAAAGCUGGGGUCCAGCUCCAGCUUCGUAUUCGUUAAAAAAUCAGUCUUUUGAGUAACCAGCCCGUGGUAGUUUCCUCUUAAGCUCAACCAGCUAAACAUCGCUGGCCAGAGUAUCCUUAUGGUACUCUGGUCCCUACAUUUUUUAGUGUACCCAUCUAUAGAUGGAGUUUAAUCGAUUUCUUUUUAUAACGCGAUACUUUGUUAAUUUCCUCGUAAGAUCGUUGUACUUUUUUGGUUAUUACCCAGAUUUAUCUGGAAAUCUGAGGUUCUAUCCCUACAAAAAUGGGUCUUCUAAGCAUACCUGCCGAAGCAACUAUUAUUGGGGUCACCAGGGAGAGGCAGGCAACGUGAACAUGUAAUUUAGAACUGUACUCCAUCUCCUCAGGUAAUCGUAGAACCUUUAUAUAGGGUUGCGUGCACCCUCAAGUACUCUAAUUACGUAUAUUUUAUCAUAAACGUAAUUGUAUCAAUCUGUGGAUGACAAUGUGUUAAUCACUCAUAGAUUGAUCUACUUAAUUUAAAGAUGCUGUUUUACCAUGCUUAUAUGUUGUUUUAAUUCACCCCAUAACAAUCUUCCGAGCCUAGCUCGCGUGCAUUUUACAUCAUCCGCAUAAUCUUGGCCGGUUAUGCUGUCGCCAUUGUAUCAUCAUGGCAAUACAGAAUAAUUGUAUAUUUUACUCGUAUGUAUAGUUAUUUGAUAUACUUUGCUCAAUUACUGUAUAUAUUUCUGAUUAAAAUUAUUGUACAUAAA